AUGACACUGUGGACGCCGAACAAAAAAACGAGUAACAGUCUCGGCCCGGUGUCGUACGGGACCUCACGAUGUAAAAACGACACUAUUAACCCAAUAUCUAAACCGAGAUUGACCCCGCUACAUGGAGGUCACUCUAGAAAAACGUCAAAACCCUUGCAAUCAUCGCUACAUGAUGAUUUGCGACAUUCCACUGUAUCCGUGCAGAAUUCAAUACUGCCAAAAUUCUCUGAAUCCACUGUAUCCACGAAAGGUUCAACACUGCCCAGAUCCUCUGAAUCCAAUGUAUUUGAAAUAACGAAUAAUCCUGCAAUAAUGCUAUUACCUCAUGUACUCGUUGAAUCCACUGUGUCAGACAUUCCCUUAUCCUUACUUGUAGACUCUGGGUCAUCAGUAAGCUUAUUAAAAAUUACCUGCAUUGAAAGACUGCCUAAGCUCAAUAAGGAAAAAAAUCAACUCAAAGGUAUUGACUCAUCGGAAGAGCCCAUUCAAACUCGAGGUCACUUUCAACUAAAAUUACGCCUUCCUAAGUCUUCUAUAUCACAUCAGUUUCACGUCAUUGAUAAAAUACACUUGCCUUAUGAUGGCAUAAUAGGUUCUGAUAUGCUUAACGCGCAUAGCUGCAACAUCGACAUAACCAAUAACGCGCUUCACAUUGGUAAAUCAUCCUUAAAGCUACAUUUUACAAUACAGCUGUCUACCUGA